AUGGACUACUCAUAUUUUACAUCUGCCCCUCAGCCAUAUCAAUUCUUUGGGCUACCCCAUACGCCUGCCACUACUCAGACCUCUAGCCUAGACGAGUUCAGAACUGCUCCAUCAACUGAUCAAUAUGACGCUGCUUUUGCUGCGUUCCAACAAAGCUUUCACUAUGACCCGACAACAUUCCUAGCAGAGCCCCAUCAACCCUCAUCCCAGUCUCCUACAAGCCAAGUUCGUCACGACUCGAUGAUCUCAAUACCAGAGAUGGAAAUGAACAGCAUUCCUGCUCCGGUUGCUGAAUCGACACCCGAUGAACCUGUGGUAGCCAGGAGCAGCAGCGAAGAAAAAGACACGUUAACACCACAACAGAGUCGAAGAAAGGCGCAAAAUCGCGCAGCCCAAAGAGCAUUUCGAGAGCGAAAGGAGAAACAUGUCAAAGAUCUCGAGGCCAAGCUCAAAAGUCUCCAACAUCAAUCUGUCACAUUGAAUGGAGAAAAUGAGCGUUUACGGCGCGAGCUCGCGAAGAUCGCAACGGAGAACGAAAUCCUUCGUGCCACAUCAGGUGCGGCUUCCAAUGGCCCAACGCCCUUUAUGGAAGAACCUGAUGAGUUGGUCGGCCCUCUGGGGUUCGUUCCCACGGAUCAUCCUUCAAAGGAUCGUUCUAGGGCUAGCAGCGUGGCUUCAGGAUUGGAGAUCGGCUCCAAGUAUGCCCAUUUUGGGACAUUGAGAACCAUCACUGUCGAUUGCGACACCGGUGAGCCAUUGCUCGGCGCGGGAGCCACCUGGGACUACAUUCAGGCUCACGAACUUUUUCGGAAAGGUCUGGUGGAUGUUGGCGAUGUCUGCGAACGUCUGAAGAAGAUGGCAAGAUGCGAUGGCCAGGGGCCUAUAUUUUUGGAAAGUGACGUGCGUCAAGCAAUUGCUGAGAGCGCCGUCGCUGGUGGUCGAGAUGAGUUAAUAUGA